AUGGCAUCUUGCUCUGAUGAUGUCCGUCACAAUGCAGACGUAAACUUAGUACAGUUUCAUCGGGGUCACAGGACGGUGAGCGGAGAACUUCUUCGCACAAUUCGACAGUUUUUCCUACGUGACAAUCCUCCACGAAUUCAUUCCAGCCAGCUUUCCGUUGGAAAUGGAGAGCCACGCCACAGUAUUCACUCUGCUUCGUUCAAGGUAAAAAAGGGACUGGUAGUUAAAUUUUCCCACAAUGAUAUGAGCGGACCUUACGUUUCCACUGGAUUUCACAGCCUUGGUUUUCCCGAAGGGUAUACUCAAAGUCUACUCAUACGAUUGUGGAAGGAUUCCACUACCAGUCCCCUAAGGCGUCAAACCUAA